AUGUCCAAGCAACAACCUUUUUCAACUUGCUCUUCUACUACACCGCCGACGUCACAGGAUUAUCAACCCAUGUUGCAAUUAGACGCUUCAUCGGUAUUAUUUUUGUUGCAAUGCAACGAACAACAACAUUCGGAACAGCAAGAACGAUUAGCACCAAACGAUGGUCAUGCUUGUGAAUUAAAUGGAAAAUUAAAUCAACCACUAGAGAUGAGAAUUCCCACAGAUCAACAACCACCAAUAUGCACCACAGAGGAGUCAGUCAACAGCAACAACAAUAAUUCAGUUGAUGAUGAAUUAAUUUUUUGCAAAGACCGCCAGAGGGCUGUCACUAAUCAAAACAGUUUACGCACAAAUCAGCCUGAAAAACAAAGACAUCAGCUACAUGAUGAAACAGGCUCCAUCAUCACAACUACAUUUUCAAAAUUGAGCGACAGCUCGACGAAAGAAAAUGCAAACAAGUCACAAAUUUCUAACUCUCCUAGUGAAUUUAUGCCAACCAUAUCUUGUUUGAGCUGCCGCAAAUUACAUCGGAAAUGUUCAAAAACUUUGCCCAAAUGCUCUGAAUGUGAAAUUCAUGCAAGAGAAUGUAUUUACAAGAGAGGAAAAAACAAACAAUAUAUAAGGAGGACAAAAAAUAACACUAACUCUGAAUGUACAAAAAUUGAAAAUAACGAAGACGUAUCCACUAUUCAUGUAAAUAGAUCUACUACUCGAAGAGAAGAGGAACCAAAAUCUUCUCUAGUUAAAAGAGCCCUCUCGACAGAGAUGCCUCAGAUUCAAUUACUCGAGUCCAUGACGAGAAGUUGCGUGAAACGACAAACCUUAACAAUGUAUUUUAGAAAAAUGGCAAUGGGAAUGGCUGUAAUUAAUUAUGAAUACAUGGAAAAAUUAUUCUUUAAUGAUAGUGACACCAUACUCAGAGAUUCAGAACUGCAACAAGAUGAAUACUCUCUGGCAUUGUUUUAUUCAAUACAAGCCAUCUGUGAUCAAUACUCAGGAAGAAGAGAAAAAGCAUGGGAAUCGUUUAACGAAUCGAAAAAGUAUUUGGGGCUAAUUUUUGAUGAUGUUGAAAGUUUUUGUGUCAUGUCCACGUACAACUACUUGGCAUAUUUUCUUGCUGGUGAAGGUGAAGAUUUGAUUGCUAAAAAUUACGCCUCAAUUGUAGAUAAUUAUUUCGAGAAGCGAAAUAGAAAAUUACUGCAUGGUCAACAAUGCUUUAACAGCAAUGUUUUUAAUGUCAAUAAUUUGGAUAAGAAGCGAGGAGUGACAAGAUUAUUUUUCUUUGAUCAUCGUGUGUCGUGGGAACCACAUAUCAAGUACAGCCACUUACUUUCGGUUGCCUUUAAAAUUUCCACAGGAAAGGAAAUGCCUAGUGAUAUUGUUGCAAUCGUAGACGAAGAUUUAAACGAGCACACGUAUAUUCGGCAAACAGAAGUAUUGGCCAAAGUUCAUUUACUCAUGAAGUCUCAUCACAGAGAUCUGCGUCAUGCUCCAGAAUAUAUUGCGAUUGGCCUAUUUAAGGAUACACUUAAUGUUACCUAUCUCAACAUUGAGUCAUUGAGAGUGGUAAUUUCCAAAUGCCACAAUCCUAGCACCAGGUUUCCUUUUAAACAAGCACUUCUUAAGGAAGCAGAUGUGAUCAGUGCCUUGACUGAAAAUCCUAUUUUCUUCGGCAUGACAGCAUCAUUUGUUUUUGCAUUUGCCGUUGCUGCACAAAUUCACUUGGAGAUGUAUUUUGAUCCAGAAAUUUUGAGUGUGACUACACAAGAGCAAAUUGCCAACAAUUUAUUGAAAGAUUACAAAGGUCUACAGUUUCUUUCGAAAUACGGUCGUAUUGCUAAAAAGUAUGGCCAUAUUGUUUCUGGGAUCGAGCAGCUAUUGAAAAACUCUCAUUUCUCAUUGGAUAUUGCUCAGAAAACAACGUUCAACACGUGUUCAACUCAAAACCAAAUGAAUAGCAAUGACGGUAACAAUAGUUCAAUGUCUUCCCCUAAUUCCAUUGCAUAUACUAGUAACCAAGCAAUAGUGGACAGCCCUGCAACAAAGAAGCGCAGGAAUGCACCUAGUUCUCAGUUUUUGGCGCACACGGCAAAAAAUUUCAGACCUGGACAGCAUUCACUCUCAAAACAAGCUUCCAAAGAAUAA